UUGUAUUUAUUAGGUUAGAUAGAUGCUUUUUUUUGAAGUUUUUUUUUGCAUAUAAUAUAGAUUUAUAUGUGUAUAUAUGUAUAUAUAAACAUGUAUGAUUGGCUAACUUACACAUUUUCUGAAUAAAAUUCGUGAUUUCCUUAAAAGAAAAAAAAACAACUAAAAUUAUCAAAAAUAAAACAUACAUAGUGUAAACAAAAUCGACUUGUAAAAAAAUUUGGCAAUAUUAAAAACAAAAGAUUAGGUAGGUGGGUAAGAUACCUACAUUUUGCAAUUUUUUUUUUUUUUAAUAAAUGUUAGUUAAUUAAAAAUAAAUUAAUUUAAAAACUAAAAAUAAAAUAAAAGUGACCAAAUGUGCUUCUUUUAUUUGAUUAUUUUAGAGGAUAAUUUAAAUUGAUUGAUUACAAAUUAUAAACAAAGACCGGUUUCCAAAUAAAAAAACAACGACAAACACAAAGUUUAAGUUCUUAAUUUACUCUAAGUAUAUAAAAUAGCAAUAUGCAAGUGAAAAAAGUUUGCUGCAUCGGAGCCGGUUAUGUCGGUGGACCUACAUGCAGUGUAAUGGCACUAAAAUGCCCCGAUAUACAAAUCACUGUUGUUGAUAAAAGCGCAGAAAGAAUUGCUCAAUGGAACUCAGAUAAACUACCAAUUUAUGAGCCUGGUUUAGAUGAUGUCGUGAAAAAAUGUCGUAAUAACAACUUAUUUUUUUCAACUGAUAUAGAAACAGCUAUUCAAGAGGCAGAAUUAAUUUUCAUAUCUGUAAACACACCGACAAAAACUUUUGGAAAUGGAAAAGGUCGCGCAGCCGAUCUUAAAUAUGUUGAAAAUGCUGCCAGAAUGAUCGCUGAAUUAGCAAAAAGCAAUAAGAUUGUUGUUGAAAAAAGUACGGUUCCUGUUAGAGCUGCAGAGAGUAUAAUGCAUAUAUUACGUGCCAAUCAAAAAUCUGGUGUUCGUUAUGAUAUUCUGUCAAAUCCAGAAUUUUUGGCUGAAGGAACUGCUGUCGAAGAUCUUUUGAAUGCAGACCGUGUUUUAAUUGGGGGCGAAGAAACACCUGAAGGUCAAGAAGCUAUAGAAACAUUAUCUUGGAUCUAUGAACACUGGAUACCAAAAAAAAAUAUUUUAACAACAAAUACCUGGAGUUCUGAACUUUCAAAACUUGCAGCGAAUGCUUUUUUAGCUCAAAGAAUAUCAAGUAUUAAUUCAUUAUCAGCAGUUUGUGAAGCAACAGGAGCUGAUGUUUCAGAAGUGGCUAGAGCUGUUGGUUUAGAUUCAAGAAUAGGUUCAAAAUUUUUGCAAGCUUCAGUUGGUUUUGGUGGCAGUUGCUUUCAAAAAGAUAUUUUAAAUUUAGUUUAUAUAUGUGAGGGAUUAAAUUUACCGGAAGUUGCCGCAUAUUGGCAGCAAGUUAUUAACAUGAAUGAAUAUCAAAAAGCGAGAUUCUCUCAGAAAAUAAUUGAAUGUCUUUUUAAUACGGUAUCUGAUAAGCGAAUAUCAAUUUUUGGAUUUGCAUUUAAAAAAAAUACUGGAGAUACACGCGAAACCCCAGCAAUUACUGUUUGUAAAACUUUAUUGGAAGAAGGAGCAAAAUUGGAUGUUUAUGAUCCAAAAGUAGAACCGGAACAAAUAAUUGACGAUUUAACACAUCCUGCCGUAACUGAGUAUCCCGAAGAUGUUAAAAAAGCGGUUCAAAUUCAUAGUGAUCCAUAUAGCGCUGUACGUGGGACACAUGCAAUAGUCUUAUGCACAGAAUGGGAUGAGUUUACGACUUUAGAUUAUAAAAGAAUUUACCAAUCGAUGAUGAAACCAGCAUAUAUUUUUGACGGUAGAAAAAUUUUGGAUCAUGAUCGUUUACAACAGAUAGGGUUCCACGUACAAACAAUCGGUAAAAAAAUUAUUAACCGUUCUGGUUUGAUGCGAACUUGGGGUAGUAUACCCCAACUAUGAACUAAAUAUUUACACAUUUAAAAACUCUAAUCGAUCAAAUAUAGAAUCAAUUUUUCAAGAACAAUUACAAAGAAAAUUUAUUUUCGAUAUUGAAAAGCAUAAAACAUUAUACACAUAUGUAUGUAUGUAUACAUAUUUUCCUAUAUGUGCACAUGUUUACAUUUAUAAUAGAUUUUAUGUAUAAAAUAACACUUGAGUAAGAUGAAAUUCAGUUUUUAGAAUUAAUUUAGAUAUGUGCACGUAGAAGUAAGAACUGCCACUGUAAACAUUCACUUUAUACUGAUAUUCAUUAGUUUCCUCUAUUACUUGAGCUCGAUCGGGUAGUGUUAUUUAUAAGCGUGCAAUUUGUAAAUAUUAAUAUUAAUUCAGUAUAGGACAUUUUAUGAAUCUGUUCCAAAAUUAAUUGCGGUUUUUGAAAACCCAAAAUAUUUAGAAUUAAACUUAUGAACAAAACUAAAUUAUUUACAUUUAAAAUUUUUUUUUGUAUAUUUUUACUUACAAUUAAGAAUUAAAUAUAAGCUGUAAAAAUUUUUCAAAAAUUUUUGUUUAAAUUUAUAUGUAUUAAAAAGUACGUACUUGAAAACUAUAUUACUUAUUUUUACUCCUCCAA